CUAUUCAUCCUUACUGUCCUAGAGAACACCAAAGCUCUUUCUCUCGCUCUCCCAAGGAAAGCCGUCAGUCAUGGACGCCGUUGGGUUAGAUUCCGACGGCCGGGAAUUCACGAACGCCGGAGAGAUGUGGAGAGAAGAGAUCGGAGGAGAAGCAGAAAACGAAAAAAGACAGGAGUGGUAUAGAAAAGGCGUCGGAUAUUGGGAAGGAGUAGAAGCUUCCGUCGAUGGAGUUUUGGGCGGAUACGGGCACGUGAAUGCAGUCGAUGUGAAGGACAGUGAGGCUUUUCUCAGGAACCUCUUGAUCGAUCAGUUCGGUGGAGGGGCUCGGCAUCUCGUAGCGCUCGAUUGUGGUUCUGGCAUUGGAAGGGUUACUAAAAAUCUUCUUCUAAGAUUCUUUAAUGAGGUGGAUCUUGUUGAGCCAGUAUCACAUUUUCUGGAGGCUGCCCAUAAGAAUUUGUCCCCUGAGAAUUCUAUGGUUUCAAAUUCGCACAAGGCCGUCAAUUUUUAUUGUGUCCCGCUUCAGGAAUUCACUCCAGAAGUAGGAAGAUACGAUGUUAUAUGGAUCCAGUGGUGUAUAGGGCAGCUUGCGGAUGAUGAUUUUGUAGCAUUCUUCAACCGAGCAAAGGCUGGCCUCAAACCUGAUGGGUUUUUUGUCCUUAAGGAGAACAUUGCCAAAGAUGGAUUUGUGUUGGAUAAGGAGGAUCGGAGCAUCACUAGAUCUGAUUUAUAUUUCAAGGAGCUCUUCAACCAGUGUGGAUUGCAUAUUUACAGGAUAAAGGACCAGAAGGGAUUCCCCAAGGAGCUUUUUGCUGUGAAAAUGUAUGCGUUGGUAACUGACCCGCCAAGGAGAGUUCAUGGGACCAGAAAAAAGAUGCGGCCCAAUAUUCCCGCAGUCAUCAAAUCAUGAUUCUCCUCAGCGGAAGCCAAAUGGACGGAAUGAUUCUUUUCUGAUCACGAAUUCGGCAGAUAUCGAUUGACAUCUUGUCUGCUCGGUGUGAACUUGGCAGAUUGGAGAUUGCUUGGCAUUUGAAGCUGUAAAAUACCAAGGUGAGUGCUCAAGCUUUGUAAAAUUCAAUUGCUUCUGCAUAUUUAUAUCCUUGUGGAAUUCCAGAGGUUGUAGAAUGUUAGCAAAGGAAAUCCAAGACUAAUUAGAUGAGUUUGGGAUUUGUCUUUACAUAA